AUGCUGCGCUGGAGAUGGAAGCUGCUGUGCAGCUUUCUCUCGGACUACCCGAGCUCAGUAUGCUGGAACGGGGUUGUCGGGGAGCUGGACGUCUUUUCCUCGGUCUCGAGGAGAUCAUCGCUGCAGACUAGUGAGAUGGAUUCACUCACUGUCGCAGAGCUAACAGGGCUGGGGAUCACGCUGGGGAUUGUGCACGUGCUCAGUGGACCGGAUCAUAUCAGUGCCAUGGUCACGUUGUCGGCAGGAGGAAGCUUUCGCGCGUUCUGGAAAGGCGUGCAGUGGGGGUUAGGUCAUUCGGGGGGGCUGCUUCUCAUGUUCGGAGUUUUUCGUAUCUUUGACGAGAAGAUCGACUUUGACCAAGUGGGCCAGUACGCGGACAUUGUGAAAGCUGCUGGCAUGUUAAGGACACCUUUGAUGGUGUUGAUGCAGAUUGUUGGGCUGUUGAUGAUUCUGCUGGGGACUUACGCAGCAGCUCAAAUCUUCAAGAAAAUCCUGAACAGGACUGCAAGCAAUCAUCUUCAGAACAACGAUUAUCCCCCCGAGCAACUUUCCAGCCACAAAAAAGCCGAAAAGCACUCCAUCCUCCGGACGCUCAGAGCCGUCGGAUCAAAGUCCGUCUCCCUGGUUGUCGGCCUCGUGCAUGGGCUGGCAGGUCCCGGCGGGAUCCUCGGGGUUCUCCCUGCUGUUGCGUUGAGAGACAGCUUGAAGUCUGGGUUUUAUCUGGGAUCGUUCUGCAUCGCAAGCAUCUUGAUCAUGGGAAUCUUCUGCGCUUUCUGGGGUGAGAUCACUGCGAGAGUGAGCUCGUCGAACAGGAAGGCUGAGAUUGUUCAUCCCAUGGUUAGAUAUGCAUGUAGCUCGCUGGAGUUUCAGCCCACAGAGCAGGAGCAAGAGCAAGAGCAAGAGCAAGAGCAAGAGAAGUUGUACGAGAAGAAGAGGGUGGAGGAUGAGGUGUAA